CACGGUUUUUUAAUUUAUUCUGUUAUAGAUUUAACUAUUUUAAAAAACUGAUCAUUAGUUUGUUGUACUUUGCAAUCGUCAACUUUUAUGGAGGAAACCGAUGGCUCAUAAAUACAACAUUGUGGACAAACUUGGGAGUCUUCAGCCACUAUGAAUGGAAACUUCAGCUUUGAGCAGCUGAUGCAAGCAGCUUGCAGCUCCACAUUUCCACCACCAUUGUUGCCUCAACACUUUCAUCCUAGUGGGCACCAACAAUUUCCACAAGAUUUUUUCCAGAGAGUUCCACCACCACAUCUUAGCUCACAACAAGUCUCCCCCUACUUUCCUGCUGGAGAAAACUUUUCCAGUGAUAAUUUAUACAGUCCUCAGGAAUAUUCAGAAUUUGCUAGUGACCCUAGAAAUGAGUCAGGUGCUAAUCAUGCUUCUCAUGAUGACAGUUUUAACUGGCAUUCUUCAUAUAAGCCUAGUGGUAGGCAUCAUAUAGAAUGGCACUCUCAGAACAGAGGAAGAGGUGGCAAAGCAAAUAGCUACAUCCGUGGCAGAGGCCAGGGAAAUUAUGGGUUCAGAGGAAAUACUCAUUUCACUAAUAAUAGCCAGUCUAAGCAUUUUAACAAAAAAGUGUGGCAUGCACAAGCAGAUGACAUGAGGUCUGGGAGAAGUUCUAAUGAAUUGCUGUACAGUUAUGCAGGUCGCAGGAAUUAUCAGUCUUUGGAUACAGCAGAGGAUGUCCAGAGUACUUCAGGGAAUGCUGCAGGUCAGCAGAGGAAAUUGUAUGUAAAGAAAGUAAACGAUAUUUUUGCCAGAAAUAAAACAAUUCCAGAAGCUAAGAAGGAGGACGGUGCAAAUGGAAGCUCUGUCAAAGAGAAUGGGGAGGAAGCAGCAGAAGGUCGGGAUAGAAGUAUGAUAAGUUAUUCACAGAGAGGCUUUAACAUGCAUGAGGGCCAAGUUAAUGAGAUUUCUGUCCUGCAUGGUCGUGGUCGUGGUCCAUCUCAGAAUGGAACCUUUGGUCACAGACUGCAUGUUGCUAACAAACGCUGGACAAAAGAACAAGUCAAAGAGAAUGAUGGCAAUCAACGAGUUCACAUGCAAGAGCAAUUGAGUCAAGGCACAUACGAAUGCAUGGUGUGCUGUGACAACAUCUAUCACAAAGCUGCUGUAUGGAGCUGUGGCAACUGCUACCAUGUCUUUCAUUUGCGAUGCAUCAGACAAUGGGCCAGGUCUUCUUUGGGAGAAGGCAAUAAUGUCGGCUGGCGCUGCCCUGCCUGUCAGAAUGUUACUCAUCAGAUUCCUAAUCAGUAUCGAUGUUUCUGUGGUAAGAUAAGAGACCCAGAGUACCAUCCAGCAGAAACCCCGCACAGCUGUGGUGAUAUGUGCAACAAGAAGCGAGCAGGUGACUGUAUCCACCGAUGCAUUAUUCUGUGCCAUCCAGGCCCUUGUCCUCCUUGUGCAGCUGUUGUCAGCAAGAUGUGUGACUGUGGCAGCGUCAAGAAAAGUGUGAAAUGUGGACAGUCCAAUGACUUCAAAUGUGAUAAGGUUUGUGGCAAACUGUUGAAUUGUGGGCAGCAUUCUUGUGCAAGAAUUUGCCAUGCAGGAGAAUGUCUUCCAUGCAGCAUUACUGAACAGCAAAAGUGUUACGGUGGUCACCAGACUCGUGAAGUAUUAUGUGGCUCUGAAGAGAUUGCAGCCAUAUCUUUUUCAUGCAAUGCAGCGUGUGGCAAGAUGCUGGGCUGCAACAAUCAUGUUUGUGAAGAUCCUUGUCAUCCUGGUGACUGUGGAACCUGUAGCCUCCUGCCUCAGGAAGUUAGGAAUUGCUGCUGUGGCAAAACCUCUCUGGCAGACUUGUCUGUAGCUCCUCGUAAAAGCUGUUUGGACCCUUUGCCAACAUGUGACAAGCUCUGCCAAAAACGUUUGGCUUGUGGACCUGAAGGUAAUCCACAUGUGUGUCAGCAGAAAUGUCACAUAGGACCUUGUGGGGAAUGUGAUGGAGUCACAGAAUUAACUUGUGUGUGUGGUGCAGUGCACAAGGAAUUUCCAUGUCAUGAUUUAGUCAAAUUUUCAGCUGACCAACCAUUCAAGUGCGAAAAGAGAUGCAACAAAAAGAAGAUGUGUGGCCGACACAAAUGCAAUGAAACAUGCUGUGUGCGGGAGGUCCACAUUUGUGAGCAGACUUGUGGUCGGCAGCUCAGCUGUGGGCUGCAUAGAUGUGAAGAGCUUUGUCACCGUGGCAACUGCAGGCCAUGUUUGCAAGCUACCUUUGAUGAACUGUCCUGUCACUGUGGGGCAGAAGUUAUCUAUCCUCCAGUGCCUUGUGGUACAAUGCCACCUCCCUGUCACCGCAUCUGCACACGCCUACAUGCCUGUGCACAUCCAGUGAGACACACAUGUCAUAGUGAGGAAAUAUGCCCACCUUGUACAGAACUUGUGGAGAAAGUAUGCAUGGGUGAGCACGAGACAAGGAAGAAUAUUCCUUGUCACAUGACAGACAUACCGUGCGGGAGGUCUUGUGGUAAAAUGCUGCCAUGUGGGCAGCACAAGUGUCAGCGCUCAUGUCACAAGGGAGUUUGCUUUGCUGAGGGCGAGUUCUGCAAGCAGCCUUGUACUAAGAAAAGGCCUGACUGCGAUCACCCAUGUGGUGCACCUUGCCAUGCAGAUUCUGAGCAGUGUCCCCCAAUUCCUUGCAAGGCUCAGGUUGAGAUCACUUGUGCAUGCAAAAACAGAAGAGCUAUGGCUCAGUGUCAAGCCGGAGGCAGUAUGUCAGCUGAGAUCAUCCAGUUUCAAAAGUUGGCAGUUCAGGCUGUGGCCAGUGGUGGUCCUGGACAAGAGCUAGAUAUUUCACACCUUAUGCAGAAAAAAACAAGACUGCUGGAAUGUGAUGCAAAAUGUGCCAUUCUGGAGAGAAAUAAACGCAUUGCUUUUGCAUUGGAAAUCCAGAAUCCAGAGUUAGAUACCAAAUUAAGUGGCCCAAAGUACUCGGAUUUCCUGAAGGACAUGUGUCGAAAGCAACCAGCCUUCAUCGCCAAAGUUGAAAAAGCUUUAGCUGAACUUAUUCAGAAUGCAAAACAGUCCAAGCAAUCGUCCCGAAGCUAUGCUUUUCCAUCAAUGAAUAGAGAGCAGCGGCGAGCUGUUCAUGAACUAGCAGAAGCCUAUGGAUGUGAAACACAAAGUUAUGACUACGAACCUAACAAAAAUGUGGUUGCCACAGCUCACAGAACCAAAUGCUAUUUGCCACCUGUGACAUUGACAGCUUCUCUUGCACGUAAAGUUCCUAUUCCCAUUCCACAUCAUGCCAAGCCAGUGUUAGCAUGGGGAGAUGAUUCUUCAUCCACCACUCUGUCCAAAGAGAAGGAAAAAGAGGACAAACCAGCUAUUGAUUACUUUGACUUUUCCCAAAAAUGACAAAAUUUGCAUUUAUUUCUGGGAAUUAGGUGUUAUAUAAUGGUUUUGAGAUUUUUCCCAUUUUUACCUCUAGUCUCUGUAUUGUUUUACAGAAAUUCUUUAAAGAUAAAAUCAGAUUACCUGGUUAUUAUCAGUUUCUUGAGACUAAUAUUUUAACAGUUUUCCAUAUUUUCAUUGUAGUGUUGCUAUUAAACCCCUCACUUGCCACCACUUCAACAAGAGACCCUGAAAUAGAUCUUGUCUCGGGAUACUCUCCGUAUGUGACACCUGUUCACAGGGCUGGGUAUUGGGUUUUUCUGUUCAGGUACUCUGGUUUCCUACCUUCUUCCCUCUCCCCUAUAGUGCAAAAUCACCUCAAGGUGGAAGCACUUUAUUACUAAAUUAGUCACAACCAUUUUUAUUGUGGGAUUUUUUUUUAAAGGUUCUUUAGAUUUGAACAGUUUCCAUAAUUAUGUCUGUAUGUAAGUUUGUUAUUCAGAAAUAGACAAAUAUGCCUUUUUUAUACUUUUUGCUGUCAUUUGUAGACAUCAAUAUUGAGUAGUGUUUCAGAUAAUGAUAAUAAUUGGAUGGUAGUUGAUUCAAACAUUCUUGUCCUUCACGUUUAAAACUCUUAGCUUAAUAAAAAUUAUAGGGUUCUCAACUUUAAAGGCCGUGCACCUACAUACACCUGCAUAUAUGCAUGAUGUGAAAACCUGUCAGACUUCAUUUUCUCAUGUGGACACUGCGCCUCUGGUCCAUAGCUACAACCUUAAAAGAAUUCUGUUGUGUGAGAUUAUGCAGUAACAAUCAGCUUACUACACAUCUAUCUUAACAGUAUUUUCCUUAGGGUCUUUUGCAAUUUUGUUGUUGUUGUUAGGUCAUGUUUUCUGGGGGUUUUUUCUCUGUAUGUUUUGAAUCUUUUGUAUGUAAUUUUUUGAGUGGUUUGCUUUUGGGGAAAAAAGGGUUCAGUUAAAUGUGGAAGCCUAAACCCUAUAAACAACAAGAAUAUUUUGUGCAGCAUUCUGUGCCUCAAAAGUUGAAAGACUUGAGAAAUAGAUUUUCAAUGCGUAUCAAGUGGUGAUCAACAUUGAUAAGACAUCUUACUGAAUAUUGUUUACAUUAUGCUUGCUUUAGUUUGUAUGCUUAAUUUCUUUGAACAGAGAAGUGAAUAAUAAAAAUAAUAAAACACGCACAGAAACUAUUGUCAUAUCAGUCUUGCCAUAAAAGUGAUCUGUUACAUCAGAACAAUGGUAUCAUUUUGAAUUUUGCUUGACAACCAUAGCGCUCCUGUGAUGAAAAUCAGCAAACUAAUCCAGGGAACUAACUCUGGGCAUUGAAGUCAUGCGGAAACUCUCCCUUAGACCGAUCUGCUCUGUGCUGAGCUUGCGCACGAACAUUGCUGUUAGAUGUAGAGGAAGCUAUCGCUUUUGGUAAGAGACAAGCGACACGCCUGAUGAACUAAUCAUGUCAAGCUAUUAAGUCGUUUGUGCUUUCUGCUUUAUUAUCUUUUUCCUCUAAAAAAUAAAUCUCGUAUAUUUCUGAUGUCUUCUUUCUUUCCGUUUUUCCUGUAGUUCUCAGAUGGUUCGCUGGAAAAUACUACUGUCAGAAUUUCAUUUUUUCUUUGUGAAUACAUCAGAAUUUUGAGGGUUUUGUUUGUUUGUGAUGAUGAAAUAGCGUCUUUUCUCACCAUGAAAGACGUGCUUACAGUGUAUUACAAGUAUGCAACAGCAAGGUCUGUAAGUUGACCCAGUUUCUCCCUCCCUCUCCCCCUCCCACCCACAUACAAGGUGCAUGCUUUGUUCUUGCUGUAACUAAAUAUUUUAACCCUUGUAUAUGUACAGGUAUAAAAAAAUGGUAUCAUAUGCUUGCAUUUUUUGCAGUGAUCGAUGUUGUGAAAAUUUCAUAUGUAAACUAAUGUUGUAUUAUUUAGCAGAAAGGGGAUCGAUUGUUCUAGAUGUACAGCUGUGCUGCACUACAAGCCCGACAAAUAAAAAUAAUGGAGGAAAACAAAGGCAGUAACUGAAGUUCGUCCGCACAUGAAUCGAUCAAUCUUCAGCCUUCACUGAUGAUGUCAAACAUUCUCUUGACUGCGACUCGCUGCUAGCUGUCAUCAAAAGUACAGGAUGUGAGAGAGCGUUUUCAUCAGCUUGCAUGUUCAGAGUCUUGCUGCACCGAUAUACCUCAGUCCGAGAAUUCCACAGUAAUGGUCCCACCUUGCUUUUCGUCUGCGUGUCUGUCAACCUGUUGAAAAUGAGAUAUUUUCAUCGUUACGUCAUACGCAGGUGGCUGGUACAAUCUUGGCACUUUUAGUCCCCAAUCUGGAUCAGGGUUUACCUUUGCAAGUCGUGCUUACCAGGCCCGUUCUUAACACCCCCCCGCGAGGCCCGAUCGCUACGGUUUUAAUCAAAAGCGCGGGGCCCUAGGCAGAUGCCUCGUCUGCUUGCCCCUAAACACGGCCCUGUGCUUAUCCAUACUUUUUUGUGCUCAUUAUGACCAAAAUCAUUAAGCAUUUUAAAGUACAGGUUGACCUCAUUGGUUUCUAUCUUCUAUCCUCGUGUAAACGAGUAUUAGUGUUAGUGUGUGUGAGAUGCGCGCGAGAGAAUAGCAUUAGGUCACAUUUGCAUUAAUUUUUAUAUUUCAGUCACGCAGCGAUCUGUGUGUGAUCAAACAGGUCUUUGCAAGAUUUUGAUAUUUUCUAACCAUUUCAUAAGAAUUCUUGGAUCAGAUGAUGUAUGGAGGUUGCCCUUACCGCUAAGAAACCGUUAAAUUUGAAAUAAUAGCUUUAGUUCACAUUACAAUACAGCAAGGGUUUCCCCCGGGAUUGAGUUCCCCCGCAAAUUCUUUAUAGGAAGGUGCAUAAUGAUGGUGCAGAAUUACUGCCCAUCAGGAAAGCACUUGCUCCUCGUUGGUACAGAGACAUGUGUACCUCAAAUCCUGACGGACUUAACAUAGUCUGCUACUUUCUCCUGGACAAAAACAGUACUUGUGCAAAAUGUGAUAAGGUUUAAACAAACGGUGUGGAUUUGCAUAGAGGAAGUGUGCACACAACGAAAACACGCCCACUCCUCAUAAGAAGACUGAUCAGUCGCCGUUGCCCAUCCUGUGGUCAACUUCUCACGUCAGUCUACAGCCAGCAGCAUAAGUGCGAGGAGACCAUCGCACUUCAUCAAAAGGCACACAUUGGUGAUAACGCACGAUAGACAGAAUGGACGAACUUAUCAUAUUAUUACACUGACUCCUUGACCUCUCAAGGUAAAAAAAAAAACGUUGCAAGCGGGGCGGCUCAAGCACGCGCUUUCACCUUGGUUGGUUUAUUUAAUAGGAAAGGGCUUCAACCUUGCCGCAAUUUCGCACUUUGUACCCAGAAAAACCCCCCGUCACCCAGCCUUGCGAACAGGUGUCACGUACAGAAAAUGUCCCGAGACGAGAUCUGAACUCUGAGCCGCUCACUGCAGUGGUGGCAAGUGAGUGUUCUAACCACUACACCACCGGUCGCUUUCACUCGUGGGGCUGCAUUCCUCUCUUCAUGUUGUCCAGAGAUCACGGAUAUUUCUGCUAAACAACAAGAUGGGUCAAGGCUACUAACUUUCUCGUAGCAGUCCGAUGCCAGAUAAAAUUGCUCCGAAGUCUUAUUUUCGUGCAUGCAGUCUCAUCUUGGACAAGUAGGGUGCAAUUUUAUCAUCACUCGAUAACAUCUUCGAUUUGAUCGGCAAGAUCACUAACCAUAACUUACUUUAGGAGUAAAGAAAUAAAUUAUAUAGAAAGACUUGUUUUCUGUUAUUUUUAUCUACCACUCUUUUCAUGUUACCCUUUGAAUAGCUCGAAUAAGGAUUUGACAGUUACUGGUUUUGUUUUCUCGUGUACCUCAACUAUUCAUUUUUACAAGGUUUUGUGUUAUCAAGUGACCAGCAGAAGUAGAGGCACCUAUAAAAACGAAGACAUUUCUGAUAACUGAAAAACGUACAAAAAACUUAUAUCUCUCUCAAUCACUCUUCUCGAAUGUGUUCCUGCUUUGGUUUGUAUCUCGCAAUGUGCUAUGCAUACUGCGUUGUACUGGAACCGUCUAAAUUCUGUCAUCCUAAGGAUGGCAAAGCUUUAGUGAUGAACCUGCAGGUUGUGAGCUUGUUGUCUGUAGUCGUAGCCACCAGCGGCGUGAAAAUCACGGACUAUCACGAACGUCUCGCGCGCUUGACAAACAACAUGAAAAUAGACGCAAGCAAGACACACUCACACAAACACUCAUCUCUCUCUCACGUGUUUUACAGACCUCAGACGUACGUAAGAGAAACCCUUGAUACAUAGGUAAUUGAUGUAAGAUGGCAAGAACAAUGGGAAGAAGCAAACUUUUAUUGUUAGGAUCUUGAUUGCAGUAUCUUUGGAAUGGAACAGUGAGUACGUCAUUGGAGGAAAGCUUCUGAGCUUCUACUCAGGCGGUCCGGUGGCGCAACAGUUAUCACCUGUCACCGACACAGAGGAAGGUUGGUUGUCCUGGGUGCAGCUCUCGUCUCGGACACGCUGUUCUUUCUGGCUGCCUUGCCGUGAUUUAGAUGUAGGUGCUGGCUCGGCGAAAAAUAUCAAUUCCUCCUCCUUCAGAAUUGCCACUUGAGGAAGGUUUGUAGGUUGGUAUUGUUUUCUAAAGUAAUACACGUGAUGUUUUUCCCUUCUGGUCAUGUCCAGGUACGCAAUGGAGUCGGGUUCUUCGAGCACUGCAAUCAAACGGCUCUUCGCGCCUUCCGUGGUUUCUCGAAACUGGAUAGCUAGCGUUACCAGGGCAACGGCAAUGCGCACUUAAGUACACGUUUCCUUAGAAACGCCUUCUGCAAUGAGACCCUGCGCAACUCAGGGGCUGCACCCUUCAUGCUUUGUGAUGGGGUGAAACCAGAAUGGAGUUGCUUAAAUGGGACAGAGUGGUAGCCAUGAUACUCGGCUUUGAUAACAUGAACACAAAUGUAGUUAGAUGGCCAAGCUCAACCGGAGGAGAAGAUUAUUCGGCAAUAAGCGACUACUGGAAGGUGUAUAGGUUUUUUCCGCUGUCUUUAGCCACAGGGACAGCGGCGAGACCUUCCCGUGAUGAGUUGGACUUGGAAUACACCAUCAGUACGUUCUUAGACAUUUAGUUGUUCUUGUUAUAAUUUAAUUGUUAGAAGUUUCACAUUUUCUAGUUUCUUAUUUAAAUAUUGUAUUUUGUCUAAAAUUCUUAUUUAAAACAAUCACUUCCAAUUUUUAUAACUUCGCGUUGUGGAAAUUGUGUGAGGGUGAAAAGUUAAGGCGUGUGAGUGUUAAUUUGACGAUGUACAUGGCCGUUCCUCCUUUUCUGUUGUCUUCUGAUCCUGUGGUUUGUGCUCUCAUAUUCCUAUGUUUAAUUCGUGGUGUGCUUUUACUCCUUAUUCUGUGUCACAUUCCUGUGUUUUGACUCAUUAUCCUGUGUUCCUGCUAUGAUUGUAUAUUUUACCUCCUCUCUCUCACGUGUUCCUGUCUUUUUCACAAUGCUUCGAUCUUUUUAAAAACUUUUUCAUCGGUUUGUUCGACUAACAUGGGAUCGAAUCUAACAAGUUCAGGAUUAAAAAAAAAAACAAAAAAAAAAAAAAAACAAAAAAACUUUGCUGAUA